AUGACCACCCAGGUCGUGCCCGCACGGCUGGCCUUCCUGGCCAUCUACAACCCCUCCCUCGGACCGACCGACGACACCUUCCACGACCAAGUCGUCUUCUGGUACAGCCGAGCAGCCCACGAGGCACGAGCAACAGCGCGCAAGAAUGCACGGAGCGAGGCCGCAGGCGGCGAUGCGAUCCGGGAGCAAGAGAACGAGAAAUUGAGGCAGAUAGGACUGGCACAGGGCAUGGUUGACUUUGCUCGCAGCUUCUCCGACGACCGACCUGUCGAUUCGAUCGAGACCGAGAAGAGCAGAAUCGUCGUACACGAGAUGGAGAAGGGCUGGUGGAUUCUGGCGUCGAUCGAUCUCACACGGCUUCCGACUCUCACACAAUCCUCUACGUCAAGAAGCGCCUCAGAAAAGGCCGAAACGAAGCCAGCCGUCGAAUACUCGUUCAGAGAAGUGAGCCCACCGGCUUUACUUGCACAGCAACUCAUACAGGCCCAUCACGUCUUUGCCCUGCACCAUGGUCCCUCUCUGACCGAACUCUACGUCAAGCUAUCGCGAGAGAAGUUCUGCAGCACUCUGGAACGAUACUGGACUCGCUUUUCUCGUACUUGGGACGUCUUGCUACACGGAAAUCCAGCGACAGACAUCUUCAGUGGCAUCAAACUGUCCAGUGGCGGAGAGCUUGGAAUGGGAGUAGGCGAAGAAGAAUGGGGCAGUGGAGAAAGAGAUGUUCUUGAAGAUCUGGCUCGCAGGACAGAAGGUCUAGUAGAUCUGGUUAUCUCGAGAUUUGGCGACCCUGCACCUACAGACCCAGCUGAUUCGAGCGAGGUGGGGGCAUUGCCUUGGAUCGGAAGUGGCUCUCAUCCACUGGCAUCUGAUGGUGUCAUAUUUGGUGGUGUCAAUGCGAUCACACGGCCCUCGUUGCGCAACGUCUCCCUCUGGAUGCGACAGGUCUACACUUAUGGCGACUACGCAUACGGCAUUCGAGACAACCCACACCGCGAGAGACGGAAGCGAAGACGACGCAAUCCUCCAACUUCUCUUGACAACGCCACAAAGAAAGCCGGAUCGAGCUCCAAUCAAGCCCGACCUACAUCAGAGGAUGACUCAGGCACCACCCUGGGCAUACCAGAUCAAUACAUGAAGUACCUCACUUUCGGACUAAGCACGUUGGCGAAACCUACGUCGCAGCAACGGCCCGAUCCCGUGACCAGAACAUCCACAUCGAGCUCCAAGACCAUCAAAGCGCAACAGACCACAGUGUCGAGGCUCAAAGCAGCCGAAGAAUCGCAGGACACUGAUGAUGACCAACCUGCCCUCGCUCAGAUGGAUCCGACACCUGACGGUCAAGAUUUGCAUGACAGAAUUGCACUACAGAAGAGACAAGAAGAGGAUGGCAUAUUCAUGGUCGGCUUGAAAGGCGACCUUGCAAACAUCCCAGAUGAUCCAGAUGCUGGCAUCGAAGACAUAGUAGAUGAUGACGGAGAUGGUCCAAGGAACAUCCUCCGCAUCUUACAGAUUGAAGUUCUGAAAGACACUUCGGAACAGGAAGAGGAGCGUACGGAUUUGGACCGAAAGCUCAGCGAAGCUGGCUUGUCGUCAGCAAAGAACGACCCGCUCAACUACAAGCGGCUACGGGUACUUGUCUACGUCCGACGUCCAUUCAUGUACUGCUUCCUCUUCAAGAGUCAGACACCGGCGUUGAGUCUUGCUCGAUUCUACAGAGACCUCCACCGAAACCUCCUACCCAUCCACAAGCCGCUUCUGUCAUCAACAAGCGUUGCCAGAAUUGCUCAACGCAUUGAAGAGUCUCAACAGCAGGCUACUUCAUCUUCAUCAGAUACCGCGAGCGUCACAAGCGGCAGCAAGUCGCAGAAAGCUUUCGAACCGAAGCCCAUUUACGACCUCAUCUACGACCCGGCACUUCUCACCGUGCAUACAAGCAUUCCCAACAUCGCUGAGCCAGGAACGCCAGCUGCAGAGGGUAUCAUUUCCUCCAGAAGGGACAAUCGCCUCCCCAUCUCUCCAGACUGGACUCGCAUCGAGGCACUUAACGUGCACAGCCAGGUCCUAAACACUCUCAGCAGCACCCAUCGCAAUCGAAACGAGUAUGAAAGAGUCAGCAAGACUAGCCGAGGUUGGUGGGUGGUAUGGAUGAGACUGCCGCCUUCCAAGACUCGCGAGACAGCCGUCGAUGAAGAAGCCAAAUCACAGCAAGAAGUCGCCAAAGGCCCUGACCAGGAAGAAGCCGCAGAGGUCACACAGGGGCAAAGUGGCUUCACAAGCUCCACCCAUUCUGCUGAGUCUGAUGAACCAGUCGAGCACACGACCUCGGACAAAUGGCUGCAAUCUGCAGCCACGACACGCAAGGAGAUCCCGUCAAUGGACCGCAUCGCCUUUCUCGUCCGCAAAGCCACCGAUCCACCUCCUCUACCAAAAUCCAAUACAAGCAGUCGGGCUGCUAGUAGCAUGUGGCAAACAUUGACGCUCAGGGGCCGUUCGACCGCCGACGAAGCAACUGGUGGUGCGAGUGCCGGAUGGGGCCCUGCCGCUCUUACUGGUGGUAUCGGCAUUGAUGCCAGGAAAUACGUAGAGAGCCUACUCCAGCUCAAUCGAUGA